AUGGCUUCGUUACAACCAGACGUCGUGGUAGAACCAGAUGAUUUCAACGACAAUGAUUCGUCGUUGGGUGAUGAUGCCACGUCGUCGACGGCGAGUAUGAACAGCUCGAUACUCGACUAUCGCAGGGAGAACGGCCGCACAUACCACAGAUUUAGAGACGGAAAGUACCACUUUCCAAAUGAUGAGGCGGAGAAUGAUCGGUUAGACUUGCAACACCACAUCUUCUAUCUGUCGUUUGAUGGCAGGCUCGGAUUGUCCCCUCCCAAUGAGGCGGAUGCCAAGGUCGGACGUGUGCUGGACCUCGGCACGGGAACCGGCAUCUGGGCCAUGGAUUAUGGCGACGAGCACCCUGGUGCAGAGAGCCUGACAUUGAAUCUACAGGUCAUCGGUGUCGAUCUGUCUCCCACGCAGCCAGAGUUCGUCCCACCCAAUGUCAAAUUCGAAAUCGACGACAUCGAGGACAGCUGGACCUACUCCCAGCCCUUCGACUACAUCCACAGCCGCAUGAUGAACGCGAGUGUCUCAAAAUGGGAGGAAUACCUAGGUCAAGCCUACGCAAACCUCAACCCGGGCGGCUGGCUCGAGCUCCAGGAGUUCAACCUCCCCCUCUCUGACGACGACACCCUAAAGCCAGAGCACUCUCUCUACCAAUCGAUGGCCUACCUCGGUGAGGCCGCUGCGAAGCUCAACCACGCCUUCAUUGACCUCAACGCACUCAAACCUAUGAUGGAGGCCGCGGGCUUCGUCGACGUGAUGGAGAUGCGCUUCAAAUGGCCCAGCAACACCUGGCCGCGCAACCAAAAGUUCAAGGAGCUUGGCGCGUGGAAUUACGAGAACAUCACCAGUGGUCUACAGGGGUUCCUUAUGGCGUUCCUGACGCGAGGGCUCAGCUGGCGCGCCGACGAGGUCAACGUUCUCGCUGCGCAGACGAGGAAGGAUGUCGGAGACCGAAACAUCCACGCCUACUGGCCCAUGAUCGUUGUGUACGGCAGAAAGCCCGAGUGA